AUUUGUUUGGGAAAAAAUGUUUUUUUAAAGCACAUGUUUUAUGCGUUAUUCGAAAUAUUUCAUACGAAAUAAAUUAUAAUAAGCAAAUUUAAACAUGCUUCUCCAAAACCAUCCUAAUGACAUCAAUAUAUGUGAAAUGACAACAUGCAAAUCUGCAGGUGACGGAUGACCUUAACUGUUUUCAUACAAAACGAAACAUUUGACUUUUGUUUUCAUUAAAACCUAAUUAAAUAGCAUUUACUCAUUAAUGAAAGCAUUUUACUGCUUGGGACCUAUUAAUAGAUGAAAAUCAAAGAGUUCAAGAUAAAUAUGUAACUUACGGUUGUAUGUCUCGAAAGCUAUAAUGACGUCCAGAGGUAGAAAUGACUCGGGGGAGCAUCAAUAUGAAGAAGUGAUGCUCAUUGGUACGGGGGCCUAUGGCACAGUGUAUAAAGGUCGUGAUCUGAACAAUGAGGGUCGAUUUGUGGCCAUGAAAAUGAUUCGUCUUCAAAAUAAUGCUGAGGAGGGAAUGCCGAUGAGUGCCAUACGGGAAAUUGCUCUGCUGAAACAGCUGGAAGCGUAUGAGCAUCCCAAUAUUGUCAGGUUGUUGGAUGUGUGGUCCAGCAGCAGUGGUGCAGGGGAGAUACAACUGCGACUUGUGUUUGAGUUCAUGGACCAGGAUCUGUCUACUUUCCUUGAGAAAUGUCCACCUCCUGGACUUGGACCAGAGAAAAUAAAGGACUUGAUGUAUCAGAUGUUACGAGGUGUAGACUUCCUGCAUGCAAACCGCAUUAUCCAUCGUGAUUUAAAGCCCCAAAAUGUCCUCAUAUCUGCAGAUGGCCAGCUGAAGCUCGCUGACUUUGGACUGGCCAGAGUGUAUGCCUUCCAGAUGGCUCUUACACAAGUGGUGGUUACAUUGUGGUAUAGAGCCCCUGAGGUGAUCCUACAGGCCCAGUAUGCCACGCCAGUGGACAUAUGGAGCUGUGGAUGUAUAUUUGCUGAGCUGUACAACAGGAAACCACUGUUUGUUGGACAGUCGGACAUCGAUCAGCUGAUUAAAAUAUUUGAGUUGCGAGGUCGUCCUCUGGAGUCAGAAUGGCUGUCAUCUGUCACCUUGCCAUGGUCAUCAUUUCAAGCCUUCCCUCCUAAACCAGUCUCGUCAUACCUCCCAGAAAUGGAACAUGUUGCCAUUGACUUGUUUGAGAAACUGUUGGCAUUUAACCCCCAUCAUCGCAUCAGUGCAAACGAAGCCCUGAAUCACCCAUACUUCAAGGAUAUGGACCUGGAAAGUGUGCGGACCACUGCAUCUCUCUCCCCUGUAUCGACGUCCGAGGGCGACAGUGCAGACAGUCGUUCAGAUACACCUGUCAGUAAAUGAGGGCUCAUCCAGGGCGUACAAUAUAUGUGCAGACAAUUUAGUAUGGACUGUUACAAAUGUCUAUAUAGUGACUUGUUAGUAUGUCUUGUCAAGGGAGAUAAUUGGUUUUGCUGUUACUAUAACUGGUGGUCAAAAAGAUAUUACCAACGUUUCAUGCACUUUUUAAACUCUGGGGUAAUGAGGAUGCUGUCAGCAUAGUAUAAAAAUGAUCAUUUUAACAUAUUUGUACAUGGUGCAGAAUUACUUCCUAAUGAACUUAGCAUUUGAAGGUUCUGGAGCAUUGAGUAAUAAUGGCUUUUACCUCGCCCAAAUACACUGAGUGAAUUUUGUGCAACAUAUGUAGCCUGUCAAUUGACUUCACUCACAUCAAAGAAAGCCCACUGCCACCGUCAAUGAUCCAGCUUUUUCCUUUAUCUUCACUUACAUCAAAGAAAGCCAACUGCCACUGUCAGCUAUCCAGCGUAUUCUUUUGAUUUCACUUACAUCAAAGAAAGCCCACUGCCACUGUCAGCGAUCCAGUGUAUUAUUUUGACUUCACUAGCAUCAAAGAAAGCCCACUGCCACUGUGAGCAAUCCAGCAUAUUCGUUUACAAAUUGACUUGGAUUUAACUUCAAACGGGCCACUCACCUGGCAAUGAUCCAGACAUGAACAGUUUGCAGUUAUUUCACAUCAUGCAGACAUUUAAAUUGAAACCUUAGACUUACUGUUGGAAAUUGUAUUUGGCAGUACAAAUUGAUUGUUUCUUUGUUGCAAAAAGGCAUUAAAGAUCGUUCUUUUUUUAGCUGAUAAACAAAUACUUUUUGCCUUAUUUAUUUGCAAACAUAAGUAAGAUGGUGAACACUCUUUAACGUAUUGAUCAGUGAUUAUGUUUUAAAGUUCUGUUGAUGGAACAUUUGUUUUGUUUGUUAUAAAAAAAGGGUAUUUUUACUUGAUGAUCCCUAUUGAUUUUGGGGUCAAAGUUCAAGGUGACUCAUGCAAUGCACAGAAAUCUAAUUUGCAAAAUAGAACUUCGUUGAAGAGAGUUGUGAAUCUUAACAAGUAGAGGGGUUUUUUUUUAUAUUAAAAACAGGCUUUUCUUUUACAUUAAUACUCUACAUGAAAUUGAAUGGAACUUAAGCAAUUCUUUAUUUUUACACUUGUCAAUUGUAUAUAUACUAAUGGUACUAACAACUUGGGAUUUAAAGUGCCUACUGUGAUAGAUAAAUGUAUUCUUUCGGUACCAAUACCUCGGUUUAACUUUUGAAUGUACUUUUAUUUCACCAUUACAAUUUACAAAUUAUUUGUAUAUAAAUAACUGGCCGACAUAUUUCUGGUAUUCUUGUGAUAGCAUGAGGCAAUUCCACUUGAAAAUGCACUCACAGAAUGGGACCAAAACUUGUUUUGUUUUUUAAAAAAAAAAUUUUUUAUAUUCAAUGGCAAGUUGUGUCUUUCAUCGGUUUAUUUUGUAGAAUUAUUAUUGUCAUGUAUGAAAUGAAAAUUACAUUCUGUUAGACUGUUUACAGAUGAAAAUGAUUUUGAUUGGUUAGGAAUAGUUAUUGGACAAAUAUUGGCCAAUCAAAAUAUAUUCCGACUGACUUUGACCAAACCAAGGAAUAGUUGUAUGUAAUUGGGUGCAGAAGAAUUAAUAUCUCAUGAUUAAAAAAGCAUAUAAUUUAAAGGGACUAGACACCAGAUGGUCCCAAAAUGGGCAAACACAUUAUUUCCUAAAAACAAGUUUAAGACCGUCAAUAUAAGCUAGUAUGUGGUCGAUAAUUCAUCAUUUAACGUGAUUUAAAGAAUAUUCGCAACACUCAUGUCUUGUCACACGCUAUCUCAGCCGAGUUUCCCUGUUUAUAAAUAGUGUGGAAUGGUAAUUCCUAGCACCUUGCUAGUCACAUGAUCGUUUCACCUGUCAAAUAAGGGAUUUAGCCAACGUGCUGUCAUUUUCAUCAGUGCUAAUCUCUUCCGUCAAUUUCAUUACCAAUGUUUACCUUAACACCCAGUUAACCUUAACAUACCCAGUAAGUUUUGGAAUGGAUUUGCAAAAACUGCGAAAGAUAAAUGUCAUUCUUUUGGUACUUCAGUUUUGUAAGGUUCAGUCUAUUGUAAACACAAUGUCAGUUGGAUGUAAGUUAAUAAUUUUUUCUAUUUUCUUGUAGCAUCUGGUGUUAAGUCCCUUUCAGACUGUAUGGCUAUAUAACUCCACAGACUCAUCCAAUUCAGCGAGGAGAUUUUCACCUAACUUGCCUUUUGAAACUGUCGCUGACUGUUUUAUGAUUGUUUAGUUGUGCCCAUUGACUGUGAUGGAUCUUCAAUGUGUACAUUUAGUUGACUCGUGAUAUAUGCAUACCUACUUACACAUUGCAUUUCAUAUGUUAUUUUGCUUCAUGUUUUAUAUUCAUUCACUCACAAUUUAGUGUCAGAAUUCAUUUCCUCUACAUAUAUACCGGUAGUGUCUUUGGGUAUUUUUUUAUUUUUCUUUGGACAUUGCAUGAUUCACAUUCAUAUUUUUACUGAACUUAUUUUGAUAUUAGCUUUUUUGGUGCUAAACAUGAUUGUCAUAUAUAAUUGAAUAAUUAAAUCCAAUGGAUAUGAUUUACAUGAUAUACUAUUUAGUGUACUUUAUACUGUUGAACUGAAACUCAUAAUUUUGUUAAUAUUUUGUUUAAUGAUUUUCCAUGUUGUUGUAAUCGUAAGAUAUACAAAAACAAUGGCUCAGUUAUGCUUGUAUAGUUUUUUUACCAAGCUUUUAGUUGCAGUAGUGUAUAAAGAUGUGUUAAACUUUGUAUGAACAUAUAUAGAAGGUAAUGAACUGACAAUACUUGAGCAAUGUGACACGUUCGUUUUUAGCUCGACUAUGGAAAAAGGAGAGCUUUUCUACUCACCCCAAUGUUUGUGUUCAGUUAAAGUCUUGUCACAAUUUAGGAUUUUUAGUCAUAUCUCAUUAACUGUCAUUCAGUUGACUUUAAACUUCACAUGUUUUGAUCAGGGUCAGCCAACAGUUAGGUUAGACAACUUUCAAUGAUACUUCAUACAGAUUAUUGCUCUUGAUUGACUUAGGGAUGUUGGUUCAAGUUUUAGGGUUUGUUGGGAUUUUAACGCAUAUAUCUUAAAUACCGCUUGCCUUGUUCAUUUGUCUUGAUAAUACACACAGUUGUUCAGAGCCAUCAGACAAUUAAUUUGGAAUACCUCUAUGUUUCUACAAAAACAAAUAAUGGCCUUUGAUUGACUUUGGAAAGUUGGUUAAAGCAUAAGGGCAAUUUGGGAUUGUUACUCAUAUCUCAAUUGACAUGAUUAUUUACACAGUUCUUCAGGGCCAUCAGACAGUUAAAACAGGUAACUCUUUAUGCUCCUUCAUCUAGAUUUUGGCCUCUGAUAGACAUGCAAAGUUCGGUUAAAGGUUUUGUCACUUUUGGACUAAAUACCAUAUCAAUAAAUUGCAUCUCACUGAAGUGGUAUGGAACUUCAGACAAUUAAGUUAGACAACUCUUUAUCAUCCUGAUUAGAAAUUAUGGCCCUUGAUUGAGUGGGGUUCAUGUUUUUCCUCACAUUGGGGUUUUCGAUCAUACCUCAAAACUGUUGAUCAACAAACAUAAUGCUUCACCUUUUGUGUUCGAGGGGGCAAGACAAUUACAAUAUACCAGGUCUUAGUCCCUGUUUAUAACAUCUAAUUUUUUCAUCAAUAAUGUAUGAUAUUCAGUUAUAUACCUCAAAGACAACGCGGCAUAUGGUCGAGCGCGCUGUCUUACAACAGCUCUUGUUUGACAUGAAAUGUGUAAUUAAAGUUUAAAUCAGGUAUUACAGCUUCAUGUACAAUAUCCUUCUUCUUAAAUCAUUUAUUGUCUUCAUUCAUAUAAUGGUGAAACUGUUUUGUGUUUUAUUAGCUGUUUUUGAAGAAGAAAGGUCGGGAUGUUGUCAUAGCUUUGGUGUUGUCAUCGUGGUUGUUGAGCACAAUUUGACCUUUGUCCGUAACUUACAAAACUUUAAAAAUGUGUAAAUGAAACUAAUACAUAUUGCCAGAAGGGCAUGCAGAUUAUAAAACAUCUUAUUCAUUCACUUAAACAAAGGGGAGGAGACUAUGCUGACAUAAAAAGCUCCAAAAAACAUUAAAUGGUAAUGCUGUAUUUGGUAUUGAUAUGUGUAGUUAAAUUGUACCAGGGUGUCUGCCAUAAUAUACUGGACGCACAGGUAAUCGUCCAUGCCCUUGUUGCUAGAGUUAAUACGCUCAUGUAUAGCAAGUCCCAUAACACUGACUUUGAUUAUUAGUCGAGUUAUUCCCUUUUUACACUGAAAAACAACAGACGAGUGUUAGUGUUUGCUCUGCGGCGCUCUUGUUUGACAUGAAAUAUGUAACUUAAUUGCAUUCAGGUAUUUAAGCUUCUUGUACAAUAUUGUGUUUCACAGUUCAUCCAUUGUCACAAUUCAUAUAAGGGGAGGAAACUGUUUAUGAGAUUUACUUUUCACGUCAUUUUACUUGCUUUUUUCAUGUCUACAUAAAAUUAUUUUGAUAAAUGUGAGUUAUUGAUGCUUUAAUGUCAUGUUUUCAUGAUAAAAUAUACCUGUAAUUGAAGGGUAUAAACAAAGCAUGAUUCUUGAAUAAAAUAUCCCCACCAAUAUAUAUAUGCAUUACCGGUAGCUUAUUAAGUCUCCCCAACGUUUUUAUUAUAUCUUUGAUGUGGUUUAUAUAUAGAUUAUGAAGUGACUAAAUGUUAUGAAAUUAAAUAUUUUUAGCAUGUAUACAAUCUUAAUCAUGAAAUGUGAAAACGACAACUAUUUGUUUCAGGAUGCCAUUACUACCCUAUAUUUUUGUACCACACUGCCCCAAACUUUAUAAUUGCCACUGAACAAUUUAUUCUUACCAGUUAUUAUCUAUUAAUAACCUUUUGGGCAUUUCUUUUCGGUUGUUUCUUGUCGUGGCAAAUCAUUUGAAUGUACUUUUUUUAUAAAGCUAGUUAAUAUUGAAUUGGACAAAAUGGUGACAGUUCUGUGUGUGAAAAUGAACAAAUGUCACCACAACUAUACGUAAUUUCUUUAUUGUCUGCGUUAAAACCCUUACAAAGUGGCAUUGGAAUUUUAUUGUAAAAUAUCUCUGGUGGAAGAUUUUGUCCACCUUUACAAUAAAAGACAGAGAGAUUAUACUAGAGAGGAAUAAAUCUCUGCACCCAUAUGUAAGCUUUUGAAUUGGUGUCCAUGAAAUUUAAAUGAAAACACGGAUAUAUUAAGAAUUUUUAUAUAUAAAAAAAUAGAAAUUUGAUUUAAUACAAAUUUUACAUAACUGUUCGAAGUAUGGGGUCCAACUGUGAAAAUUGUGAUAUUUGUAUGGAUUUUUACUUGUUAUAUUUGUAUAUAAUUAUGGUCAAAAUAUCAUUUUUGUCCACUUGAUCAAAAAUUGUUGAUACUUCAGGGAUGUGAUCUAUCUGCUGAUUUGUGGAUUUCAGUAGAUCAAAUCGCUCCAGGGACCAAAAAAAAGUGAUGCAAUUUUUUAUCAAUUUUUUAACUGAUAACAAAACGAACUGGUUGAUUUUGGUAGUUACUUCAGAAGUUGACUCUCCAGUUUGCUUCAUAAACAAAGCCGAAAGAAUUCUUAACAAGUUUUUUAAAAGGCCUGUUUUGCUUCUGCGGCAGGCUGUUUUUACCCCCAACCCCAAGCCCCCAAACUCCUAGUCGAAUUGGUAACAGC